AAUUGUCGUGACUGUUUGCUGCGGCCUUGUCGGAACACUAGCCUCACCGCUCGCUCAGCGGCCGCCGCGGCAGUUUCUGCUGGUGCUGGCUCUCGUCCGCCGCAGUCUCCGCUGGCUGCGGCUUCACGGACGCUCCCUGUCCUCCUCCUCCUCCUCCUCCUCCUUCCUGAUCGAACCCGCUUUAUCUCCGUCAGCCGGACUCGCCGAAUUCUCCAAACCCUAGCGCCAAAAUCCCCACUCCGGUAGCCGCAAUCGGAGCCGGAUUCUCUCGGUUUCCGGCUGGCGCCGGUAUCGCGUGCGUCUGCGCAUGAUGCAGCGAGCGCGCUCAUGAACUCGAUGGACGAAAUCAACCUGCUUCGGCAGGCGCAGCGGCAGCAUCAGCACCACCUCAUGGUGCGCGGCAUCGGCGAGGAGAUCGACCUCGAGAUCGGCCCCGGCGACGACCCCUCGUUCUCCGGGGCUUCCUUAGUUGCCGUCACGUCCACGCACGACGCCGUCGUCCACGCCGACGACCACAAGAGCCUCCUCAUCCCGUGUUCUCAGACCGGCGCGGCGGACGGGCUGGCGCCGCAGCAGCAGCACCUGGCGCAGGGGGAGGAAGAGCAUGACGGGAUGCUCAGGCAGCCGUCGGGGCACACCAAGAAGAAGAAGAAGGUGGUGAAGAAAUGGCGGGAGGAGUGGGCGGACACCUACAAGUGGGCCUACGUCGCCGUGCACGACAACACCACCAGGAUCUUCUGCUCGGUGUGCAAGGAGUACGGCCGGAAGCACCGCCGGAAUCCAUAUGGCAACGAGGGAAGCAGGAAUAUGCAGAUGAGUGCGCUUGAGGAGCACAACAAUAGCUUGUUGCAUAAGGAGGCGCUCCGGUUGCAGAUGGCCUCCAAGGAGAAGUUGCAGCCUCCUGAGAUCGAGAGGCCGGUCUAUGUCAAAGCUUUAUCGAAAACAGCGGCGUCAAUACUUGAAUGUGUUCUAAGGAGGGAUCCCCAUGAAGCUGAAUAUAUACAGUCCAUCCAGGAGGUGGUUCAUUCCUUAGAACCUGUUUUGGUGAAGAAUACCCAAUAUAUUCAAAUUUUGGAGCGUUUGUUGGAACCUGAGAGAUGCUUUAUUUUCAGAGUGCCAUGGAUUGAUGACAGAGGUGAAGCACAUGUCAAUAGAGGUUUCCGUGUGCAAUUCAGUCAGGCGUUAGGUCCAUGCAGGGGCGGUCUUCGAUUUCACCCAUCCAUGAGCUUAAGUGUGGCAAAGUUUCUGGCCUUUGAACAUACUUUGAAGAAUGCUUUGUCACUAUAUAAACUUGGAGGUGCUGCUGGAGGAAGCGAUUUUGAUCCAAAGGGUAAAAGUGAUAAUGAGAUAAUGCGCUUUUGCCAAAGUUUCAUGGAUGAGCUGUAUAGAUAUUUGGGCCCUGACCAGGAUUUUCCCGCUGAAGAUAUUGGUGUUGGUCCAAGGGAAAUGGGUUACCUUUUUGGGCAGUAUAGACGUCUUUCUGGUCAUUUUCAGGGAAAUUUUACAGGACCUAAAAUUUUCUGGUCAGGGUCAAGUUUUCGAACAGAAGCUACUGGAUACGGGCUGGUGUUUUUUGCGCGUAUUUUACUUGCUGAAAUGAACAAAGAGCUUAAAGGAUUAAGAUGUGUGAUCAGUGGUUCUGGAAAGAUAGCAAUGCAUGUUUUGGAAAAACUUUUGCCUUGUGGAGCCAUUCCUGUUACUGUCUCAGAUUCAAAGGGAUAUUUGUUAGAUGAAGAUGGAUUCGAUUAUAUGAAAUAUUCACUUCUAAGGGAUAUUAAGGCUCAGCAAAAGAGCCUCAAGGAGUACUUGAAAUCAUAUCCACAUGCCAAGUAUAUUGAUGAUGCAAAACCAUGGAGCGAGCAGUGUGAUGUUGCAUUCCCUUGUGCAUCACAUAAUGAGAUUGACCAAGGGGAGGCCGUUGCGAUCAUCAACUCUGGUUGUCGUGUUCUUGUCGAAUGUUCAAAUAUGCCAUGCACUGUUCAAGCUGUUGAUAUCCUAAGAAAGGCAAAAGUUAUUGUUGCUCCAGCAAAGGCAACUGCUGCUGGUGGGGUAAUGCACGGCUUGACUGCUCUUACAAAUCCAUUCACAUGUCCUGGUGUAGCACUUGGAGAGCUUGAAUUGAAUCCAGAGUUUAAUUUGAUGCAGUUGUCAGUGGAGGAUUUUGAGAAUAAAAUUCAAGAUGCAAUAAAGCAAACAUAUGAAAGGUCGAUCAAAGCUGCUCAAGAUUACGGGAUCAUGAAAGAGAGCCCUGAGUCUUUGGUCCAUGGCGCGAACAUUUGUGCUUUCCUUAAUAUUGCGCAAGCCAUGGCUGACCAGGGAUGUGUUUAGUUAGGCCUUUGAUUCUGUCAAGAAGCUUCAACUGGAGCUUCCUGCAACUGCGAGGAGGAAAAAAAAAUCUUCUGAUGACUAGAAGUGUUUCGAUGCUUAAACCUUGAGUAGUGCUGCACAAAUCAUGAAGCGCUACAAAACAGGGAGUAACUGGGAUUCAUUCACCCUUGUUUAUGCUAGAAAUGUGUACAACUAAGGUGCCGGAAAGAAAGCCAGUUUUGUGGUUCAAUUAAGAAGAGCUGAGGAUGUAGAUCACCGGAGUAUCAUCCAUUGUUAUGUACGUAAAUGUCAAUGGAAGGUUGAUAGGAAGCAACUCAUUUGCAUGCAAAGCCUAUAGUCGCACCAACAUCUUUAACACCAAA